AUGAAUGAUCCUACGCAAAGAGAGGCAUUUUGGGCAUAUAAUUUGGACACGUUUGUACCUAAGGGAUUAAAUGUAAGGGAUUUUGGGUAAUUUAUGUUAAUGAAUUGAAUAGGAUAUAAAAGCAUGUACAUCAAACUCUGUUAUUUAUCCUUGAUAAAGGGGCAUGCCCCGAAACGUAGGAUAAGAAUAAAGUCUUAAAAAAGACAAUGUCGUAAAACACAACGCUGAGAGAGUUAAGGAAACUGUUCAGACCAGACACGUCCGUAAACUCGCUAAGUUAGGCGCCACAAACAGUAGCGAUUACAUUGACAAGGACAGAUGGGUAAUUAACCUAUCCGGCCAUCAACUAACACCUGCCGAGACAAGAGUCCUACAAUAUGGUUUCAAUUUUGCACCAGCACCGAAAGCAAUCCCUGUACCAAAGAUCGUAGCAAGUAUAGAAUCAGGAAUUCGAGACCUCCCUGAAAGUAACAAAGAAUCCAUACGCGCUACCGUCACAAAUAUCCUGAAAUACAGCAAACCACCAACAACUUGCAACCUUUCACGCCAACAAAAGCUCGCUUUGAAAAACCUGCGCGAGGAUAGUAGCAUUACAAUUAUCCCUGCUGAUAAAGGAAAAGCCAUCGUCGUCAUGGAUAACGACGACUACACCAGUAAAAUCAGUGGCUUAUUGAGUGAUAAAGAAACGUACUCAAAAAUCACAGAUAGACAAAGAAAACCAGUUUCCAAAGUAGAAAAAGAUCUGAUCAAG